UUCUGGUGCUCAAUUUGUACGCAAAUCUAAAAUGGCCACUCUCUCGGCUCACCCCCACCCAUUUCUACCCGCUGUCAAUCGGCCACCGACUCAUAUCCUUAAGCCACUCCGGGUUUCGUCCAUUUCCGCUGCCAAGUCCGAAACAUCUGCUCCAGACAAGGAUGAAGAAGAGGAAACAUGGAGCUUAACAGUGAGUGAUAGAAGAAGGGAAAAAGGACUUGUUCAUGCCGAGAGAGAAGAAGUGAACAGGAAGAUAGCUUCAAGGAAGGCUAUUUCCGUCAUUCUUCGACGAGAGGCCACCAAGGCUUUUAUCGAAACUAAGAGAGGACCCAACAAUUCCAAGAAGCUGCUUCCCAGGACUGUGCUUGAAGCCCUUCAUGAGAGAAUCACUGCUUUGCGUUGGGAAUCUGCUCUUAAGGUUUUUGAGCUACUACGGGAGCAGCUUUGGUAUAAACCCAACCCUGCUAUAUACAUCAAGCUUAUUGUUAUGCUUGGGAAAUGCAAGCAGCCUGAGAAAGCUCGUGAGCUCUUUCAAGCUAUGAGUGAUGAAGGCUGUGUUAUGAAUCUUGAAGCCUACACUGCUCUCUUGUCUGCCUACAGUCGGAGUGGUCUCUUUGAUAAAGCAUUUUACCUUCUAGAGGAGAUGAAGGACAUUCCUAUGUGUCACCCUGAUGUGCAGACUUACUCGAUCCUCAUUAAAUCGUGCCUGCAGGUUUUUGCCUUUGACAAAGUACGUGUCUUGCUUUCUGACAUGGCGAGUCGGGGAAUUCGGCCCAACACAGUCACAUACAACACCCUUAUUGACGCCUACGGCAAGGCAAAAAUGUUCCAAGAGAUGGAAAUGACACUGGUGGAGAUGCUUAGGGGAAAGGAUUGUGAACCAGAUGUUUGGACCAUGAACUCCACGAUCAGAGCCUUCGGCAGCAGUGGGCAAAUCGAAACCAUGGAGAAGUGUUAUGAGAGGUUUCAGAGUGCUGGUAUCCAGCCUAAUAUUAAGACCUUCAACAUUCUAUUAGAUUCAUAUGGAAAAACUGGAAACUAUGAGAAGAUGAGUGCUGUGAUGGAAUAUAUGCAAAAAUACCAUUACUCGUGGACAAUUGUUACCUACAAUGUGGUGAUAGAUGCCUUUGGAAGGGCUGGUGAUUAACAGAUGGAAUAUUUGUUUAGGUUAAUGCGGUCGGAAAGAAUCAAACCUAGUUGUGUCACCCUUUGCUCCCUGGUAAGAGCUUAUGGUCAAGCCGGAAAACCUGAAAAAAUCGCUGGUGUUUUACGGUUCGUUGAGAAUUCUGACGUAACGUUGGACAUUGUGUUUUUCAACUGUCUGGUGGAUGCUUAUGGCAGGAUGGGAUUCUUUGCAGAGAUGAAGGGAGUGCUUGAAAUGAUGAAGCAGAAAGGAUGUAAACCUGAUAAGAUCACAUACAGAACCAUGAUUAAGUCUUACUCUAUCGGUGGGAUGACUAACCAUGCAAAGGAGCUACGGGAUCUUGUUGAGUCAGCGACCGGGACUUCUUCGAGAAUGCCGAAGCCUGAUUUCUGACAACCAGAAUAUUACAGGUCAAAUAUCCCUGAGAUAUAGUGUGUAUUUUAGUUUCCCCCCCUAAUGCUGUAAAUGCACACCAUCACCACGAGUGAAAUGAAAAUAAUUCACCAUUUUUGUUUCAAGUUUUUUAUA